UCACCUAGAAACAAGCAAAGUCCAGUAUCAACAGGAGAAAAGGACACACCUGGCUCUGAGCCAACUGAGCCAUCCCUUUUGGUGCAACUUACAAAGCUGUAGUUCAUUUAAACUGCUGUGCGUCUGAAAGGAGAACUUGCUGAGAUGCCAAACUGGACGGUCGAGUUUACGAAGAAGAUGGCAGCCCAGAAGCCAUGGGACAAGUGGAUUUUGACUGAAGAGCUAGAAAGCAGGCAAUUACAAUUUGGGUGGCACACAUAUGUGCAGAAACACCUGUUUGCCAGCUUCAAGUGUUCCAGUUGCUCCCGUUCCUGGAAAUCAUCACAAGUCGUUAUCGUCUUCUACAUGCAGCUGACUCGAAAUAUCUUGGGCCAAGUACGAAUGAAAAUAUACCGACAGAAAUGCCGUGUAUGUGGGAAUAUCAAGUACGAGGAGCCUUCUUUCCGUGAUGACACCGUUCAGUUCGUCCUCCACAAUUUGGUACAAAAGAUCCUUGAGAAAUGUUAUGGAGAAGUCAGCCGAACCGCUCCCAUGCGUGAACCUCUUGCUGAAGAUUUUCUGGAAGGCCCUCAUGAAAGGAAGAACUGUGAGGCAUGUAAAGAUGGGUGGUGCAUGGAAAAAACACCCUUGAUUCUGGAAAGCCGUGUGAUGCCAGCCUCCGUUGUUCAGCCUAGUGAGCAGGUGGGAAGCUCCUGGAGUUCUUCAGAAAUGGCUUGUUUGCUGGUUGCAGUGAUCAUUCUGGUGAUUAUUGCUUUCCUACCUGACUCCAUCAAGAAGGAAAUACAGUAAAGGAUUUCAUUUAUUCUGUUUUAUUCCAUUCAGAAUAAAGCAUGCUGUAUCUUUCAACAGUUUUUUCUCUUCUCUCACUAUAGCAUCAGAUGAGGAAGUUUCUCAGGGCACAAACUUUGUUUUAAUACUCAGUUUGAUUUUAUAUAGUUGCUGAAUUUUUUAUUCUUGGCUGGGUUUCAUUGGGCCUAAACUCAAUGGUUAACCCCAACCUGAGCAGACCCACUGAGGAUGCAACUACACUGUAAAAAUAGUGAAGUUUGAUACCACCUUAAGUGCUGUGAAAUCCUGGGAUUUGUAGUUUUAGGAGACACCAGCACUCUUUAGUAGAGGAGAGUAAAGACCUUGUUAAGCUACAAAUCCCAGGAUGCCAUAGCUACAGAAAGCGCUGUCAAGUAAGUGCAGAAUUGGGGGACUUUCAUGGCCCCUGUAUGUCCCCUAAACUAGUGAAUACAUAGGGAUUGUAAAUACAAACCAUCAUGAAGGCAUAACUCUAGGUUUAUAACUUGUUCAGUGAAUUCCAGCCAUGUUUAUCAUUGUGCUUGUAAUGGAUGCUGGUAGAUGUAGCAAUGAUCAGGAUAGGUUAUUAUCUUGCUUGAAUGCUUGUAAGACUAUCCACAGAUCUUAUAUUUAAUAUGUUAAUAUCCCCAAUGUUUAAUUAUGGAGAUGCAUUUCCUCAGCAGAUGAUAUGAAAGUUCAGUUCCUUAUGACUUUAUGAUGCUAAACAUGUAAUGUAUAUUAUGAAAGUAUACAAAGGGAUCUUGUAGCACCUGUGAGAUUAACUGUGUGAAAGAAGUUCCAGCAUAAGCUUUCAUAGGGAUAAAUCCCAUGCAGAAACUAAAUUUAAACUGAAAACAACCUGCAUUUGUGGGUUGUUUCUCAGAUAACGUUCAGGGUUAACCCAAACAGAAAGUUGAAAAACUCACAUUUGCAGGAUGUUUUUCAGACGACAUUUGCAUGAAAGAGAAAUAAUGCAAAAAUAAUCUGAAUGCAAAGUCGUCAAAACCAGCUCCUUUUUACUUUCGCUAUAUUCCGAAAGUACAAAAGAGCUUUCCGUUCGGAUUACUUUUGUGUUAUUUCACUUUCACUCCAACGCAUCUGACAAACAACACUCAGAUUUUUAAAUCUCAUUUCUGCACGGGUUUUCACCAAUUUGUCCUCUGUGUGAUAAACGCCAUAGACUUGGUCUAUUUCCUCAGAUGCAUGGAGUGAAUGGUUGCCCAGAAAGGACCUUUAUAAUCAGACUAUAUAACGCAUCAUAGAAAUGCAAAACUUGUAUGCAAUAUAUUCACAAACUCCAAUCCAUCCAAGUGGGUUGGACAAAGACAAUGGCUUCCUGGUACACUACACAUAGUAUAACACUGCUUAACAUCCCAGUCUCUUGAGGAUGCUCUUGGCCAGUUUAUCACAUCUCUUUUUGGUUCCCAGCCUGCACACACCAUUCUCAUUCAUACGAUCCUAUUAUAGAGAUGCUUACUAGGCACCAGUACACUCCAUGCAUCUGAAAAAACUAGACCAAACCUAUGAAAGCUUAUACUACAACAUCUUUCACACAGUUAGUCUCAAAGGUGCUACAAAUCCCUUUGCAUACUGAUCUUCCAUACUAACACAGCUAUGUCGCUUAAUUCAGUCAUGAAAGUAAUGUGCCCAGAUUGAAAAAUCGAUCUUUCUCCCUAAGGAGAUCAUAUAUUUGUAUACCUAAGAUUGCAAAUAAUAAAAUUGCCCAAAAGAAUAACAGAGAGUCCAUUGGUUUGGUUAAAAAUGUUUAAAUAUUUGUUAAAAUUGGAAAUGAAAAAUAAACAAGUAAAAGAAUGUGUGAUAAAGUGGGCCACAAAUAUAAGACAUUUGCUUUUUGGUGGUUCAAUGUAUACAAAAUUCAUUUCCUACACAAAAUUAUUAAAAAUAUUUCAUAAAAUGACCCUCAAGCUAUGUGUAUGAGGUAUAUGUGAAAAAUGAAUGAAUUUUGUGUUUAGAUAGCUCCACAAUCUCUCAUUACAUACAUAUCUGCAAAUACAGGUAUUCCAAAAUCCCCCAAAAAAGAUCUGGAAUGCAAAACAAUUCUGGUCCCAAGCAUUUCGGAUAAGGGAGGGUCAGCAUGUUAAAGAUGAAUUAAAGAAAC